AUGACACAUAUGCUAAAUGCAGCAGCUGAUCGGGUCAAAUGGACCACCAGAUCGACUGCUGCUAAGAGGGCUGCCUGCCUGCUGGCUGCGGCAUAUGCUCUGAAAACCCUCUAUCCUAUCAUUGGCAAGCGUUUAAAGCAACCCAGCCACAGGAAGAAAAAAGAAGCUUAUCCAGCUGCAGAGAACAGACAAACACUGCAUUGCACCGAGACCACUUGUAAAACACCUUCGCCUGGAGUGAAUGCAGAUUUUUUUAAACAGCUACUAGAACUUAGAAAAAUUCUCUUUCCAAAAGUUGUGACCACUGAAACAGGGUGGCUCUGCCUCCACUCAGUGGCUCUUAUCUCAAGAACCUUUCUAUCUAUAUAUGUGGCUCGUCUGGAUGGAAAAAUCGUGAAAAGCAUUGUGGAAAAGAAGCCUUGGACUUUCAUCAUCAAACUAAUCAAGUGGCUUAUGAUUGCCAUCCCUGCCACUUUCGUCAACAGUGCGAUAAGAUACCUGGAGUGCAAACUGGCUUUGGCCUUCAGAACUCGCCUAGUAGACCAUGCCUAUGAAACCUAUUUUACCAAUCAGACUUAUUAUAAGGUUAUCAAUAUGGAUGGGAGACUGGCAAACCCUGACCAGUCUCUUACGGAGGAUAUUAUGAUGUUCGCCCAGUCUGUGGCUCACUUGUAUUCCAAUCUGACCAAACCCAUUUUAGAUGUAAUCCUGACCUCCUAUACACUCAUCCAGACUGCUACAUCGAGAGGAGCAAGCCCAAUUGGGCCCACCCUAUUAGCAGGGCUUGUGGUGUAUGCCACUGCCAAAGUGUUGAAAGCCUGCUCUCCCAAAUUUGGUAAAUUGGUGGCCGAAGAAGCUCAUAGGAAAGGUUAUUUGCGGUAUGUACACUCCAGAAUUAUAGCCAAUGUGGAAGAAAUUGCCUUUUACAGAGGACAUAAGGUAGAAAUGAAGCAACUCCAGAAAAGUUACAAAGCUUUAGCGGAUCAGAUGAACCUCAUUUUAUCCAAACGUUUGUGGUAUGUGAUGAUAGAGCAGUUUUUGAUGAAGUAUGUUUGGAGCAGCAGUGGACUAAUUAUGGUGGCUGUACCUAUUAUCACUGCAACUGGCUUUGCAGAUGGUGAGGUGCUUAAGAAGAAAGUCCUAGAUGGCCAGAAACAAGCUAUGGUUAGUGAACGGACAGAAGCCUUUACCACUGCUCGAAAUUUAUUGGCCUCUGGAGCUGAUGCUAUUGAAAGAAUUAUGUCUUCAUACAAAGAGAUCACUGAAUUAGCAGGCUAUACUGCUCGAGUGUACAAUAUGUUUUCAGUCUUUGAUGAAGUGAAAAGAGGCAUUUAUAAGAGAACUGUUGUUGUUCAAGAGCCAGAAAACCAUAGUAAGAAUGGAGCUAGCAUAGAAUUACCCCUCAGUGACACCUUGCCAAUCAAAGGAAAAGUUAUCGAUGUGGAUCAUGGAAUUGUUUGUGAAAAUGUUCCCAUAAUUACACCAACGGGAGAAGUGGUGGCUUCCAGGCUAAACUUCAAAGUACAAGAAGGAAUGCAUCUUUUAAUAACUGGUCCCAAUGGUUGUGGGAAAAGUUCUCUCUUUAGAAUUUUAAGUGGACUGUGGCCUGUGUAUGAAGGAGUCCUCUAUAAACCACCUCCUCAGCAUAUGUUCUAUAUUCCACAAAGGCCAUACAUGUCUCUUGGAAGUCUUCGGGAUCAAGUCAUUUAUCCUGAUUCAGUGGAUGAAAUGCACGAUAAAGGCUAUACAGACCAAGAUCUAGAAUGUAUUCUGCACAAUGUCCACCUCUAUCACAUAGUUCAAAGAGAAGGAGGAUGGGAUGCUGUUAUGGACUGGAAAGAUGUCCUGUCAGGAGGGGAAAAGCAAAGAAUGGGCAUGGCUCGCAUGUUUUAUCAUAAACCAAAAUAUGCAUUGCUGGAUGAAUGUACCAGUGCUGUCAGCAUUGAUGUUGAAGGAAAGAUAUUUCAGGCUGCGAAAGGAGCUGGAAUUUCCUUGCUAUCUAUAACACACAGGCCUUCUCUUUGGAAGUAUCAUACUCAUUUAUUACAGUUUGAUGGUGAAGGAGGAUGGCGCUUCGAACAGUUGGAUACUGCUACCCGUUUAACAUUGAGUGAAGAAAAACAAAAGCUAGAAUCUCAGCUAGCUGGAGUUCCCAAAAUGCAGCAGAGACUUAAUGAACUAUGUAAAAUUUUGGGAGAAGACUCAGUGCUGAAAACAAUAAAAAAUGAAGAUGAGAUAUCCUAAUUUGUUUUGACAAAUUUUACAAGUUAAUUUUUAGGUAAAGCCUUUAAGAAACUCAGAGACACUCUGUUAUAGUGCAUGCAUUGUGUUAAACUAAGUACAGAGAAAAAAAGCAGCAAGAAAUGUUUUAUAAAAUUUUAGCUUCAAGGAACUAUAUGAUCUGAAUUUUUAGAA